AUGCAGUCGUGUUCGACUCCCGAUCGCCAUGGCUACAGCGUACGCUUCUCACCAUUCCAGCCAAAUCAUUUACUAUUGGCUACAAGUCAACUCUACGGUUUGGCCGGUGGCGGUACGUUGUUUCUCCUAGAGCUACCUGCAGCAGGUGGUAAGGGCUUGAUGGAACUCGGACGCAUGGAGUGGACUGAUGGACUUUUCGAUGUGGCUUGGUGUCCAUAUGCAGAUAAUAUAGCGGCAACAGCUUCUGGCGAUGGCUCUCUACAAAUUUGGGGUGGCCUUGAUAAUGACAUAGCGGCAACAGAGACAACAUUGAAGUCGCUCAAGCAACCGUUGAUUUGCUUGCAGGAACACAAAAAUGAGGUAUACAGCAUCAACUGGGGUGAACAGUGGAAUUGUCAUCAACUGCUGUCCGCCAGUUGGGAUGGUACCAUGAAAUUGUGGGAUUGCCAUCGCCAGAACUCAAUCGCCACCUACACGGGACACAGUGACCUCAUCUAUUGCGCAAAGUUCUCACCGCUAAUUGCUAAUCUCUUCGCUAGCGUAAGUACAGAUGGUAACUUAAACUUAUGGAAUUCCGCUCUUGAAUUUUCAGGUAAACCCUUGAUGAGCAUCGAGGCGGCGCACAACGGUGAAGUACUCGCUUGUGACUGGAGCCAUUUUGAUCGGAACAUUUUGAUGACUGGUGGUUCGGACGGUUUGGUGCGUGCUUGGGAUUUGCGCAACAUGCGGCAUCACAUCUUUCAAUUGUAUUCCGGGGAAUUUGCGGUGCGACGGGUGGCCUUUUCCCCAACCAUGGCAACGGUGGUAGCAACGGCAAAUUACGAUUUCACAACGAGAAUUUGGGAUUUCAAUCAGUCUUUGGAUGCUAUGGAGGUGAAUGUGAAUCACACGGAAUUCGUUUGCGGUUUGGAUUGGAAUGCAGGCGUGCCACAUCAGCUCGCGGACUGUGGCUGGGAUUCUGUCAUCAAUGUGUAUACGCCGAAAACCUUAAAGGAUAUGUUAGACUAGUUAAUAGGGGAAUGUUCGACACGAUAUUGCAUCAUCAUUCUAUAGAGGAGUGGAUAACACUAAUGUCGAAUUAACGUAGUACGCUUUGUAAAUGCGCUGUGACCUAAUUGUUAGCUGUAAUUUAUAGGAAUUAAGGAGCUAAGCAGGUUUGAGGAAGCUGAACCAAAUUCAUGAUCUACAAACGUAUAAAAUAGAUCUAAAAAUGUAUGAAAGAAGUCCACGAGGAAUAAGUAGCUGAGCUAUCCUAAAUUUUCGCCAACUAAGUGUCUUGAAUGUGAUAAUAGAAAUUUACAAUAGGUACCUUGGAAAAAUUUUUAAAAACUAAAAAAAAAUAACUCGUUUUAAUGUAUAAAUUUUAAUAUAAUGUAUAAUGGAGAGAUUUCAUGGGCCUGGUAUUUUAGGUUCUGAUUUGGGAACCGAAAAAAUAACUGGUAUAAAUCUAAAAUAAAAAAGAUUAGUGAUUGAUAAAAGAACAAAGCUUUAACAAAGCGGAGAUGUACCGAAUCGAAGGAUAUUGCUUUUAGUAAAAUUUUGCUCGAACAGAACCGGCAUUUUAAA